AUGGUUCGCUAUGGAUCGGUAGAAGUCGGGGUCUACCAGCCACAAGCCCCCGAUCCCAAUCAAGCUCAGACGAGUGAUUCUCCCGAUGCGUCGGACGAGAGCUCGUGGGUUCAGGCGCCUGAGCGCCUCGUCAGCGUCCUGCUGCGCGGUGAAGAGGCAAAUGUCGAGGUACACGACGGCCACUUCGGAAUCAAGUUUACCUGGCAUAACUUCCGCCACCAUAGUGCCCACAUAUAUAUCACUAUGGACGGCAAAACUUUCGAUUUGUGGAACGACAUGGACAUUGCGAACUCCGGAUUUCGCGUUUGGGAAUCCCCGAUGAUGAGAGGAAUCGAGUAUUACAAGUCUCGAAACAAACCAUGUAUCCGACAGUUCAACUUCGCUCCAAUCACCAAGUUCAAUCUGGAUAACACCAACUGGGAAGGAUAUGAUCAGGGCGGCACAAUCACAAUCAAGGUCUUCCGCGCAAAGCUGAAGGCACAAGAAAAGCCACGCAGCCUGAAGCUUACAAAAGCGGAGCAUCGUUCGUGGGACGAGGUUCCCAGUAUCAGUGCUGUGGACGUGGAGAGAGAACAUGUGAGCCACCUGGUGGCUCUUGAUCCGGAGGAACUGAUCGGUGGGCCAGCUGGCUCGAUCGUGAAGAUGGGUUACGAGAACCGAUGUCUCGCCCCUGUGGACAUUAGAGAGCCAGAUGAAAAGCCGUACCGGAUGUUCAAGAUCAACUUCCGUUCUCCAGCCGCUCUUGAAGAGAAUUACGUCACACCAAUCGAGAUCCCUCAUGCUGAGAUUAAGCGCUGGGAGAAAAACGAACGCGACAAAGAGUUAAUGUACCUCAGAACCGAGAUCAACAAGUUCAGGCAGCUCCUAGAUGGCGUAUACGAGGACCAGAUUCUAGUCGAACAAUAUGGAGGAGGUCCUGAGCUUGAUGAUCCCAUCGAGGUAGCUGAAAAAGCCUUGGAUCGCUUCGAGGGGAAGUACGAGAAACUGAAGUUCGAGAGACCGGCCGUCAAGAAAAGCAAGAAACGAAAGGCCGAUGAGGCUUGAGAGCGUUGUCUCGUCAGAAGUAUUCCACCCUAUCGGCUUUUCAUUUCACUUUUUGAGGUUCAUAAGUUUCGUGUUGGAAGGCGAUGCUGUUGGAUUUGAGAUGAUGGGUUGCUCUUUCUUGAGAAGAUAGGAUAAAUACUCUCUUUAGGCAUGUGUGCACUUGCUUGAGGACCUCUGGCACGUUACCAAAAACCGUAGAAUGUUGUCAACUUUGACAAGGCUAAUAGUUCUUCGGCUUCAGACGGUACAGUGUUAGACUGUUAUUUUAUGUUCAACAGAGCAUGGCAGACUUUGCAUGGAGCGCCAUUAUUGGACUCAACUGGGAGCAAUUGUCCUUCGGAGUCUGUUCACAAAUUCCAAAAGUGGUUGAGAUCAUAUACUAGGCGGAUCAGUCGCUUGUAGGUUCCUCAAUUGACAAGUGAAUCUUGG